GACCUCUGGAAGAGCAGUCAAUGCUCUUAACCUCUGAGCCAUCUCUCCAGCCUUAUUUACUAUUUGAUUUGGGUCAGGUUGUUAAAUUUCCCAGUAUCUUAAGUUUCUCAUCUAUAAUACAGGAAAAUUAUUUAGUGGGAUAUAUUUUAUUAGAUUGUAAAGAUUAAAUUAACAAGUAAAAUGCAUAGAAAUGGUAGCUGUUGAUAAACAAACAUGAAGAGCUUGAGAGUAGCAUCAGUCUUGUUUGGUGGCUCAGUAAGUAGAGGCAUGUGCUGUCGAGAUUGACAGUCUAAUUCCCCAUGAUGGAAAGAGAAAUGCCCACCAGUUGUCCUCUGAUCUCUACAUGUGUGCUAUAGCAUGUGCAAACAUACAUAUAUUGAAUAAAUACGUGUAAAAAAAGGAAGUAAUACCAUCAUUGGGGACAUUCAUACAAAAUAUUUUGUUUACAUCCUUCUGAUAUUUUUCAACCUGGGGCGGUGGUGGCCCACACCUUAAUCCCAGUACUUGGGAGGCAGAGACAGGAGUUCUGUGAGUUUAAGGCCAGCCUUGUUUACAGAGCUAGUUCCAGGACAAGCUCCAAAGCUACAGAGAAACCCUAUCUCUAAAAACAAAAAACAACAAUAUCAACCUGUGCUUGCAUGUAUUCAUUUUGCCUUAUAAAAAUGACUUUGAAAAUCCCCUCCUCUCUUAAUUUUACGUGCCAAUUUCACCUAUCAGCUAUUCCUCUCUUCAUUUUACAUGCCAGUUUCACCUAUCAGCUAUUCCUCUCUUCAUUUUACAUGCCAGUUUCACCUAUCAGCGAUUCCUCUCUUCAUUUUACAUGCCAGUUUCACCUAUCAGCUAUUCCUCUUCUAUCACUUGCAUGUGUUGCAUAAUGUCCUAUUGUGUGGAUGUUUGAGUUAUUCAACAAGUCUUCUACAUUUAUACAUUAUUUCCUCCCUAUUUGGUUUGGGGGGGUUGUAUUGUAAAUAGUGCUGUGAUGAACAAAUGUAGAAAAAAACCCAAUAUUUUGUAGCUCUCCCAACACAGAAGUAGAGCCUGUUUCUCCAUUCCUGAGUCUGACUUUGACCGCAGGGCUUGCUUGCCCUGUGGGGACACUAGCAAAUGGAUGAAGCAAAGGUCUGAAAGGUGACUGUGUGCUGGAGCAUGACCCCAUUUUGUUGUUGUUGUUGGUGAGAGCUCUAAUGAUGAAUAACAGUAGAUUAAUUUUUCUUUUUCUUUUUUUGUUACUUUGUAGCUACUUAGCAUUUGACCAUCCCAACAGAAGCCCAUGAAACAAAUGAGGCCAUCCAAGUAUUCUAGAUUAUCCAGCCCCAGGCCUGAAGAACUAUCCAAGCAAACCAUUGAACAUGAAAAAUAAUAGCCCUUAUUUUAUUUAUUUAUUUUGGUUUUUCCAGACAAAAUUUCUCUGUAGCCCUGGCUGUCAUGAACCUCACCCUAUAGACAAAGCCUAUCUCUGCCUCCCAAAUGCUGAGGUUAAAGGUGUGUACCACCACUGUCUGGUUUAGUUUUUACUUUAACUCAUUAAAUUUGGUGUGGUUUGUUAUGGAACAAAAGCUAUUUGACACAGAAAUAUUUUGUAUAACAUUUCCUAACAUAAUUUUCUAGAAGUAGACCUUCUGGAUCAGACUGUGCACACAUUUGCACCCUUCAUAGUACAAAAGAAUGUCUCAAUUUAUAAGCUAAUGUAGCAUAUGGAGGUAACCAUAUUCCCCAUCUGUAAAUGCUGACCAUUAGUGUUUCUUAUCAUCAUGACCACACAGUCUUUGUAAAUUUAGGAGUGUUGCCCAUUCUCCCUUCAUUCAAAUCAAUUAAAGGAAAGGAAGGCUAAAGGUUGGUAAUGGAAAGCCAGGCUUGGUAUUUAUACUAAACCAAAUACCCUGGACACUGAGACAGUAGGUUAGGAAGUUUGAGGACAGCCUAGACUACCUCCUAAGACCCUGCUAGAAACAAAUAAAUGCAUCAUACAUAGGAAAGGAAGAACACAGAAAGGAGGAAAAAAGAAGAGACUAGGGAAAAUAGAUGAUAAACACAAAGGGCAGGCAAUAGAACUAGAGAAUAGAAGUAUCUCCAAGUUUCUAAUACAGCGUGGCCCAUGAAAAUGCAGACAGGAGCAGUUAUGGGCCUAGAAAUGGAUUUUGAUAAUGAAGAAGACAUGAAACAAAAUAUUUGGGUUCAGUCCUUUGAAUCUGAGAACGCUGUAAAAGUACUAGAUUCUCGUGUGUGGGUGGUUGCAUUUAGUUCUCUGAGAUUGGGAUGUUGUUUUUGUUUUACAGACAAGGAAAAUUUGUGCUGUCCAGUAACUUGAUAAAGAUGUCAGCUAAUAAGAAAUGGAGCCUAGAUUUGAGUCCAAGUUAACCUGGUUUCAAAACAGAUGUUUCAUCUUAUUCUUCUUAGAGGAGAUAAGUUUGGGGAUGAAAAGGUGCCUGAGAAAGCAGCCCAGCAGUUCUCAGCCGAAUCAAUUCACCACACAUCUUUUCGCAGCCACAAGAAUGUUCCACUCUGGAACCACUCACAGCAAGAUGUCUGAGACCUGAGGUGGGAUCAAUAAGUGAUUAUCCACUACCACUACCUACAGCAUCCUCAGGUCAAAUUCCUGUGGUGGGGUCAGGGAAAGAAGAUGAGGGGGUGACUCAGUGCCCCAGUUCCCUCCCUGGCACUGUAAAAACCAUGAGACAGUCCUUGGUGCAGCAGACUGUCACACUCCCCUGCCUGUUUAAGGAAUGACAAUACGGAAGGCAGAUGGCAGAUGCAUGGAUGCCACACUGUUGCGUUUCAGUUAAAUAUUGCUUGGUGUUAUUUUUUUUCUUGUAAACCUCCCAAAUAAAAUCGCUUGCCUUCCUGAGUUAGAAGUGUUAGCAUGUCUUUUCUUUAAAUAUCUGUGCAUGGCUGUUUUUUUCCCUGCCAAUUUGUCACCAUCUGUAACCCUCCCUUUAUGAGAGGAUCUGAUGACAGCAAUUAUCUUGGAGAGUAAAAGUGCCAUCUUGAAGCAAUGUGUAAGGGUGGCAUUAGUGUGAGCUGUGUGUAUAGUGCAUGCGGCCCUAACACUUGGAAUGUGCUUGUGUGUGUCCCGAGCGACAGUGGGUUUUUGCAUAUAUACAUUGUGAAUCAUCAGUGAAGUGGCUUCUCAGUUCCUCCGUGUGCACUUGUGCUUGGAGUCUGUGUGCUGUUGUAGAUGUCCUGUGGACACCUGUAUAGGUGUGAACUGCCUAUGGCACCUAUCUAUAUGUGCCGGCUGUAAAAAGACCCUGCAGGCUCCUCGCAGGGGCAUGACUCCUCUGUGGUGUUUAAAAGUGUUGGAGAAGGCCUGCAAUUUGGAGAGUUCGUGUAAAGAAUAUUAGCAGGGACUGGGCCUCAACCAAAGGAAAGCAAAUUAUGGGUGCCUGGCCUGAGGGGCUCUCAGACUUGAUGCAGAGCAGCGGUUGCGGGGAACGCAAUAUCCACGAUGUCGGUCUGGGCGCCGAUGCUGGCGGGGAGCCGCGCGCGCUCCGCCCCUCCCCCUCGCUCCCACCCCCGGGCGCGCCGCUGGGUGGGGGAGACUUGGGAAAGCCGGGGCCGCGGCGGCCAAGCCAGGGGCUGCAGCAGUGACUGUGAUGGAGGGCCUCGCCGGGGCUCAGCGGGUAGCCUGGGCCGUAGUUCCUGGGCGGGUCAACCUCGCCCAGCCCUAAGGCGCGGCCGGGCCCUGCUCCACACCACCAUGAACGUCGCGCUGCACGAGCUGGGUGGCGGAGGCAGUAUGGUGGACUACAAACGAGCCAAGCUUCGAGAUGAAGAAGCUCUGGAGACUCCAGUAGAAGGCAGGGCCACCCCGGACUCACUGGAGGUGGGGUUCCAGAAGAGGACAAGACGACUCUUUGGUUCUCACACACAGCUGGAGCUGGUCUUGGCAGGCCUCUCUCUAGUACUGGCUGCCCUUCUUUUGGGCUGCCUCGUGGCUCUGUGGGUCCAGUACCACAGAGACCCAGCCCAUAACACUUGCCUCACAGAAGCCUGCAUUCGAGUGGCUGGGAAAAUUCUGGAAUCUCUGGACCGUGGGGUGAGCCCAUGUCAGGACUUUUAUCAGUUCUCCUGUGGAGGCUGGAUUAGAAGAAACCCUCUGCCCAAUGGGCGUUCUCGAUGGAACACCUUCAACAGCCUCUGGGACCAGAACCAGGCCAUACUGAAGCAUCUGCUUGAGAAUACCACUUUCAAUUCCAGCAGUGAAGCUGAGCGGAAAACACGGCGCUUCUACCUGUCCUGCCUACAGCUGGAGCGUAUUGAGAAGCUAGGAGCCCAGCCACUUCGAGACCUCAUUGACAAGAUCGGUGGUUGGAACAUCACAGGGCCUUGGGAUGAGGACAACUUCAUGGAUGUGCUGAAGGCAGUAGCAGGGACCUACAGAGCCACUCCAUUCUUUACUGUCUAUGUCAGUGCUGAUGCCAAGAGUUCCAACAGCAAUGUCAUCCAGGUGGACCAGUCUGGGCUUUUCCUGCCCUCUCGAGAUUACUACCUAAAUAGAACUGCCAAUGAGAAAGUGCUGACAGCCUACCUGGACUACAUGGAGGAGCUGGGGAUACUGCUGGGUGGGCAGCCGGCCUCUACCCGGCAGCAGAUGCAGCAAGUCCUGGAGCUAGAAACACAGCUGGCUAACAUCACUGUGCCCCAGGACCAGCGACGUGAUGAGGAGAAGAUCUAUCACAAGAUGAGCAUCUCAGAGCUGCAGACUCUAGCACCCUCGAUGGACUGGCUCGAGUUCCUUUCUUUCUUGCUGUCACCACUGGAGUUGGGUGACUCUGAGCCUGUGGUGGUGUAUGGGACUGAGUAUUUACAACAGGUGUCGGAGCUCAUCAACCAUACAGAACCAAGCAUCCUGAACAAUUAUCUAAUUUGGAACCUGGUGCAGAAGACGACCUCAAGCCUUGACCAGCGCUUUGAGUCUGCACAGGAGAAGCUGCUGGAGACCCUCUACGGCACGAAGAAGUCCUGUACACCGAGGUGGCAGACCUGCAUCUCCAACACAGAUGAUGCCCUUGGCUUCGCUCUGGGUUCGCUCUUUGUGAAGGCCACGUUCGACCGACAAAGCAAGGAAAUCGCGGAGGGGAUGAUCAGUGAAAUCCGGUCUGCUUUUGAGGAGACCCUGGAAGAGCUGGUUUGGAUGGACGAGAAGACCCGGCUGGCAGCCAAGGAGAAAGCAGAUGCUAUCUAUGAUAUGAUCGGUUUCCCUGACUUCAUCUUGGAGCCCAAAGAGCUGGAUGAUGUUUAUGAUGGGUAUGAAGUCUCUGAAGAUUCAUUCUUCCAAAACAUGUUGAACCUGUACAACUUCUCUGCUAAGGUGAUGGCUGACCAGCUCCGCAAACCUCCCAGCCGAGACCAGUGGAGCAUGACGCCGCAGACUGUGAACGCGUACUACCUUCCAACCAAGAACGAAAUCGUCUUCCCUGCUGGCAUCUUGCAGGCCCCCUUCUAUGCUCACAACCACCCAAAGGCCUUGAACUUCGGUGGCAUCGGCGUGGUGAUGGGCCACGAGUUGACACAUGCCUUUGAUGACCAAGGGCGUGAGUAUGACAAAGAGGGAAAUCUGCGUCCUUGGUGGCAGAAUGAGUCCCUGACAGCUUUCCAGAACCAUACAGCCUGCAUGGAAGAACAGUACAACCAGUACCAGGUCAAUGGAGAGAGGCUCAACGGACUGCAGACACUGGGGGAAAACAUUGCCGAUAAUGGAGGCCUUAAGGCCGCUUACAAAGCUUACAAAGCGUGGCUAAGGACGCAUGGGGAGGAGCAACAGCUGCCUGCCGUGGGGCUCACCAAUCACCAGCUGUUCUUUGUGGGAUUUGCCCAGGUAUGGCCCCUUGGGAGAACUGGGUGUGUCUCCUGUCCACUCCCUCCAAAGCAUGCCAUUGGGAAAAGUUGGGGUCAUGCAGGAAAGGCGCUGGGAAAUGGGGCCCACAGCGGCCACGUGGGAAGUGCAUUGAGAGAAAGCCUGGUGUCCAGAGCCCAGGCAAGUAGCCUGAGAGUGAAGUCUUCAGGAGGAUUUUGUUUGAAGGGAAGGGCCGCUGGCUUUAGUGGAGUGCACCCGGAACAAGCAAAGAUCCCCUCCUGUUACUAUGGGGGAAUGUGGAGAGAGAAACUGUAGCUUGGGAAUACAAAAUGGCUUGUUCGUGGUUACCUAGGGAUUAAAAUUAGAAGUAGAGUUAGUACCCAGGCAGGGCUUCUUUCAAGUACUUUACACCACAGCAGACAUUCUUAAAGCCUUCCCCACAGCCACACCCAGGGUCCAGGUGUUCUUUAGAGGCUUCAGGGAACUGAGGAGGCAUGUUCCCCUCCCUUGGAGUUGGCCAAGCCUCCCGCAGUCGCCCUGACAACUCCUGAGCUCACCAGCUGGACCAAGAUGGCUCUGCUGUAGCUGAAGCUAUGGCCUAAUUCAGCUCCACUCUAGACCCCAUGUGUCCCCAUGUCUGUCCUGGCCCGCAGGUGUGGUGCUCGGUCCGCACACCAGAGAGCUCUCACGAGGGGCUGGUGACCGACCCCCAUAGCCCUGCCCGUUUCCGAGUGCUGGGCACUCUCUCCAACUCCCGUGACUUCCUUCGGCACUUCGGCUGCCCUGCCGGCUCCCCC